CAGAAGCCUCCUGAAGCCAGCCUUGGCCCUCCUUUCUCCUUCCAGUUUACUAGAGUUAGAGGUUUUGCGGGGAAGCUCUAUCCCUCCCCAUGCCAUGCUAAAUAUUAACUUCAUAACUUCAGGAACUCCAGAUGUCCGUCCCUCCCCCCCCACAAAUGGCCCGGCUCCUCGGCUCGCUGCCAUGGGUAGCUCAUCUCCAGCCAAGGUCCCGUCGCUCUUUGCGGGGGCAUGCGGAGUAGGGAGCAACUCUCCCUCGGGUUCUAAUCAGUGAUCAGCUUCAGCGCCGCGUUUUCGUCGCAUUUGGCGCAUACUGCUGCUGUUGUUCAGAUAGGCCCCCGCCCUCUCCGGCCGUGCUGCCAUUGGGGCCAAAUAUCUCCUUGCCGGGAAUGGAUUUGUAUUGGUGCUAUGAGCAUUAUUACAUGCACAAUAGUUAACUAAAUGGUUAGCUAGCUUCGCUGCUCGUCUCACGUCAUCAUAAUACGCACAGCGGCACAGGGCUCUUAUAGACGCCGAUAUUCAAAUAAAUAUUAAAUGCUGUGUGCUUUCUCUAGACUCGAUUUGUUUGCACCUUGCACUAUUCAUGUAUAAACUGUCCGUCUUCUUCUUCUUUUUUUUUUUUUUUUUUUUUUAUCUUGACGUUGAGGACGGUCCGUUGUGUUAACAACUACUCCGUCAAUCAAACACAACGGGGUUUUGUUUCCUUUCCACUCCGCCUCGUAUACGAUACCCCCCUUGGAACCUAUUAGAGGAGAUUUUAGAGCAUUCUGCAGAAUACGCAAAAGACUCUUAUUCUUAGGUUAUCUUUUUUCUUCCUUUCUCUCUUCUCUCGCCAAUCGUGAUAUUUCAGACAAGCCCUACUUUCCCCCAACUUGCAAUCAUGGAGUAUUUCAAACCAGAACGAUACCUAGACUUGCCCUCCAAGGAUAUACUUUCGUGGAUUUUCGACAGUCCGUCGUAUGAUCAAGAUAGACCGGUCUACAUAGAUGCUAAAGAUCCCUCUUGCUCGAUCUCAUUCAAUCAAGCUAGAAAGAUCAUCCGGCAGCUCAUUGCGGGGCUGAGGGCUGCUGGGUUCAAACAGGGCGAUUGCCUCAAUAUACACUCCUUCAACGAUGUAUGUGGUUCAAAUCAAAUUGCACUCCUGGCAAACUGCGCUAAAGUCCCCCAAAUUGAACCGGGGAGAAAAGCGGGAAAUAAAAACGACGGGAAUUUAAAAGAUGGAGAUUUUGGCACCCGAAAUUCCUAUAUAUAUCAAAUGUUAACGGGGUACAAAUAGGUCUAUUACUCCAUGAUCUUUCUCGCCGCUGUCGGCGCAGGUGGUGUUUUCGCAGGUACGAAUCCGGGCUAUACGCAAUUCGAACUUGCCCAUCAUAUCAAGACUGCGAAAGUAUCGUUUUUGAUUUCAGAGCCGGAAAUCUUGGACAACCUCGUUGCAGCAGCAAGGGAUACCAAUAUCCCGACCUCGAACAUCUGGGUAUUCAAUACGCAGGGCCGACCCGUACCGCCGAGCCAUAGGUCAUGGACUGAGCUGCUAAAGCAUGGCGAGGCCGAUUGGGUUCGUUUCGAUGACCCCGAAAUCUGCAAGAAUACCACGGCUGCUCGUCUUUUCAGCAGUGGGACGACGGGCUUGCCGAAGGCUGCAGUUAUUAGUCAUCAGAAUUUGAUCGCUCAGCAUAUGGUAGCGGAGGAAAAUAAGAAUAUUACCUUUCAGAUUUCCCGAGUGGUAGCAAUUCCAUGUUUCCACGCUGCAGCCGUGCCGGCAGCUCAUGUCAGCGCUCUGAAGGCCGGCCAUGCACUGUAUAUGAUGCGACGCUUCGAGCUGCUACCAUUCCUAGAAGCAUGCAAAAAAUACAACGUCUCUGACAUCAUCACCGUUCCCCCCAUGGCUGUCGCUAUCGUGAAAUCGCCAUAUGCCACAAAGUUGUACUUGAAAAAUACGAAAAAGGGCACCGUCGGUGCAGCACCGUUGGACAAGGGUGUCCAGGCUGCCUUUCGGUCCAUCAUGGGCCCCGGCGCGAGCUACACGCAGGUGUGGGGCAUGACUGAAACGACUUGCGUCGCGACAAGGUUUGCAUACCCCGAAAACGACGAUACGGGAUCUGUGGGGAGGCCAGUGGCAUCGCUUGAGAUGAGAUUAAUCGACGAUGAUGGCAAAAACAUUUCUGCCUAUGGCGUGCGGGGUGAAAUCUGCGUACGCGGCCCCACAAUUAUCAAGGGCUAUUUCGAAAACCCCGGCGCGAACGCUGAAUCCUUUGACGGCGACUGGUUCAAGACUGGCGACAUCGGCUACUGCGACGAAAAGACGAAGAAAUGGUACAUCGUCGACCGGAAAAAGGAGCUGAUUAAAGUCCGCGGGUUCCAAGUUGCGCCUCCGGAGCUUGAGGCGGUGCUACUCUCGCACCCGCUGAUUAUGGACGCGGCGGUCAUUGGCGUGUCGUUUAAGGGGGAUGAGGAGGAGAAGAUUGAGCACCCGCGCGCGUACGUGGUGCGCCAGCCUAUCCCGGCCAGUCGGGAGUUGACGGAGAGGGAGCUGCAGGAGUUUGCGGGGGCGAAGUUGGCGAAGUAUAAGUAUUUAACUGGCGGGGUGAAGUUUGUUGAGGCGAUUCCGAAGAAUGCGAGUGGGAAGAUUUUGAAAAGGUUGCUGAGGGAAGAGGCGAAGAAGGAGAUUGAGCAGGGCUUGGUUUCGAAAUUGUAAAUUUCUCUAUUCUUGAGUCGAGAUUGGGUGGGGGGGUCUGUAUGUUUUCUUUACCGGACGUGCGCCUGGUGGAAACACGACAAGUUGGACUAUUCUCCUCUAUCUAAAAAUCACGUAUGUGGCAAGUUCAAUCAUAGAAUAUUGCCGACUACUUGAAUUUCCGGAGGAGGGGAAUCAGAUAUUGCGGCUGAAUGCCCUUCAUUAAACACUAGGCUUUUCGAAGCGGGAAGUACCGUGCAAACCAACCUUCGGAUGAGUGCCAUGCUCCCUAGUAGAGCAAGGAUGGCUUUCUGAUUCUGAUACUCCUCCUCCAGUAUUCCGCUUUAGUCCGAUGGCAAAUACCAACCUUCACAUUAGUAUUGACGUGUUACCUCAUUGUUCAUAGAACGCCUCUAUCACCCUUGAAUACCAUCCAGGAUUCCCCUGCCG